AUGGCUGCUAAUUUUAUUUUUAAAACUACAUCAUCAUUCUUCCUAGUUCUGUGUUUAACUGUGAUCGUGUUUUUUACUUUAUCAUGCUUUUCUGCUGAUCCCGACCCGCUCCAAGACAUUUGUGUUGCUGACUUGAACUCCAAAAUUAAAAUUAAUGGGUACCCUUGCAAGCCGGACUCUGAAGUUACAUCAGAUGAUUUCUUCUACAGUGGCUUGGUGACUGGUGCAAGCACAGAUACUCCAUUCGGGUUUGGAGUGAAACGUGGCGAUGUUAAAAACUUCCCUGGGGUCAACACCCAAGGACUUUCCGUAAACCGAGUCGACAUCAGACCUGGUGGACUUAUUCCAUUUCAUGUGCACCCUCGAGCAAGUGAAGCUAAUUUUGUCUUAAAGGGGACAUGCCUUGUUGGGUUCAUAACUACUGCUGAUGUUUUGUACGCAAAGGUUCGGAAAGUUGGAGAUUUGUCUAUUAUUCCCAGAGGACUUGUGCACGUUGUAGUGAACGUUGGACAGAAGAAGGCUGUUCUGAUAGCUAUUUUUAAUAGCCAACUACCCGGGAUUGCCGAAAUUCCUAAUAACAUGUUUAAUUCUACCCCAACAAUUGCUGAUUAUAUUUUGGCUAAGAAUUUCCGAGUUGAUAAGAAGGUCAUUGCUAUCAUAAAGUCUAAGUUUGGUAACCAAACAAAAAUAGCUAAAAUCUAG